AUGUCCCAACCAAAACCCUUCCCUCCAACCCGAUGGCUGGCCAUCCUCCUCCUAUUCAUCCUAUUCUCAAUACAAACCGCCAACGCCGAAGAAGAAACAGUUUGGGUAACAGUUCGAGCAACAAAAACAGCACACGCAACCCCAACAGCACCAACACCAGCAUCCUACACAUCCCUCAGCAAAUUCAAGGACGCAGUGCUAGAAACGACAAAUGAGUACCGUGCCUCGCACGAUGCAAAUCCACUCCAGUGGAAUGAUACUCUCGCCGAGUAUUCAAAGAACUGGGCAGAUGCUUGUGUAUGGAAGCAUUCGGAUGGCCCAUACGGCGAGAAUCUAGCCUACGGCUAUGGAAAUGCCUCCGCAGCAGUCAUUGCCUGGGGCGACGAGGGCGCCAUGUACAACUUCGGCAAACCAACCGGGUUCACAGAGGAGACCGGACAUUUCACGCAGCUUGUGUGGAAGGCGACGACGCAAGUAGGGUGUGCGGCUGUGAACUGUGGGUAUACGCAUGACAACGACAAGCGAGAUGAUGGGGCCGAUGGCAAUGGGAGUGAGGCUGGAGAGUGGGAUUCGAACGACAUACUUGGGGUGAAUAUGGCUGCGCGAGGUGAAAAGGAAAGCCCGCGCGCUCAAGGGUGGUAUGUUGUUUGCGAGUAUACGCCUGCGGGCAAUGUGGUUGGGGAGCAUGAUUCGUAUUUCAAGAAGAACGUUAUGCCGCCGAUGAGGGAUGGGCCUGCUUCUACCUCUACUUCUACGUCGGCUUCUUCCACGACAACUAGUGCUGCCGAUACGUCUCCGUCGCAGAAUGCGGCUACUUCUACUACUGGGGGUAGUCAGGGUCAGCCCACUGGUGGAGCGAUCCGGUUCGGACUUGACUCGAAGCUGGGGAUGACGCUUGUUGCUCUGGGGACGGUGGGGAUUGGGAUGGGGCUUUAUACAUGA